AUGUCAAAAGUCGGCUCAGCUAUUAUUACAAAACAACCUCGUAAUUAUGAAAUUCAUAAUAGUUUUAUUUUAAUGGGCAAUGAAAUAUUCUUACAUGAAUAUACAUUUGAAGAUGGAAUAUGUGGAUGUUCUACUACCUAUCAUACUACACUUACUGACACACGAUUACUUACUCGAUCUGAAAUAACAUGCUGUUAUAAUUGUUCUUAUGAACCAGAUCACAUGGAUGCAUCGGUUUUCUUACGGGAUAUAGCUGAAAUACGUGAAUUUGAAAAAACUCGUCAUUGUUGUUCUUCAUUAUGUGAUAUUUGUUGUGAAUGUUGUUUUCAUCCUUCAAGUUUGAUUGAAGUACGAGGUACAUUUGGUUCUGAAAAACUGUAUGUAUCGAAAGCCGAUAGAGCAAAUAUACAAGUUGAAAUGCCAGCAGCAAUUGCAAAUCAUAAACUUAUUACACGUUAUUAA